AUGCGGUUCAGCAAUAAGGGCAACCUAAGCCUGAGAUAUAUUGGGCCCUAUGAGAUUCUUGUGAAGAUUGGACCGAUAGCUUAUCGGUUGGCGCUCCCACCAUCUUUGGAUGGCAUGUACAAUGUCUUCCACGUGUCUAUGUUGCUGAAGUAUGUGCAUGACCCCAAUCAUAUUCUAUCUCAAGAACCACCAGAGCUGGCAAGGGAUAUGUCCUAUAAAGAACAACCUGAGAAGAUUUUGGACAGCAAGGUGGUGAAUUUCCGCAAUAGACCUAUUCAUUAUGUGAAGGUGAAGUGGUGCAACCACACAGAAGAAGAACCCUCCUGGGAAGCCGAGGUGGAAAUGCAAGCAAAGUACCCUUCCUUUAGAUUCCUACAAGAUUCUACUGCCGUGUACACUGGUGAGCUAUUUUUGCUUGCGGUCAAACCUAGCUAA